AUGCGACUCACUGGGUGGCCGUAUGAGCAAGCAGAAAAUUACAUCUGCACUCUUCGAAACUGCGUGGAUCUAAAUUCUGUAGCGCCUCCGUCUGCUCACAGGAGGCAUCCGGUUCGUCCGUCCGAGUUCCUCAAGAAGCACCAGGAGACGAUCCUGGAUGGACACUACGGCCUUGCAGUGAAUGACAUUGUCACGCCUGUGGCAUACCGCAAGAAAAUGCUGGACCUGGGUUUCGAAUCCAUUUCGACCAGGCCUAAGGCCAAGCCUGCCAAGGCUAUCAGACGAGAUUCUGGUUACUCGUCUUUUGAGCUUCUGACGGAUCCGGCCAGUGCCAGUGGCCAGGAAACAGCCAAGGAGGUUGAGUUGGUUGCAGAGGAUGUCCUAGGUGGAACCACCUUGAGUUCAGAAGGUGGGUCUUUGACCUCGUCUUCUGUGGCCUCUGGCCAGGUCCCUGAGCCAAAGGAUCCACCCGCGCAGUCCCAUUCACCUGGCAAAAGAAAGGAGUCUGAGGCAGAGGACGACUUUGCCGAGUUUGAAGUGGUUGAUGAUGAUUUGGAUACGAAAGAGAAGCGAGCGGCAAAGUUGACUUCAUUGUGUGACGACCUGCAGACCCUCAAUGCCUCGAUGCUGAAGCUCCUGCACCCCAAAGAGACCUCCAGGCCACAGCAAAAGGCUAUGCCAAAGCCGCCUUCGGAAGCGAAGAAGGAUGAGGUGAAAGCCGAGAACAAGAUGGACAAGAUGGAUGUCGACGAGGGUGCGGCUUCCCCGGCCAAGGUUGAGCCCUUUGAGCCAGAUUACGACCCAGACGACCCCGAGCCAGAAGAACCAGCCCCCUCACCUCUGAAACCGGAUGAAAGUGAGCAAUCCGAAGAAGUGAUGAAGCGGGUCUUGCGCUUGCUCGAAGAACAGCGCUUGCAUAGCCACGCCUUUUUGGCGAAGUCCUCGAGGCAGGAUUCAUUCAGCGAGAAUCAGGAAAGGAUCUUUGCGGCGCUCAUGGGUCCUACGCCUCUGGCGGUGUUGCCAAUGCUUGAUGAUAUGGCUGCCAGCCAGGCCCUGCUGCUCAGGGACAAGAAUGGCAUGAGCCUCUUGCACUUCUCUGCGCGCCUUGGCUGCUGGGAGGUCAUGGACCGCAUGUUGCAGAUUAAUCCUCAGCUCUGUGACCAGAUGACGUCGCCAGUUGGUCGUCCUGCACACUGGUCUCCCCUGAUGAUCUUGAUCGAUGCGGGGCACGCGCGGGAUCCACAGACCUUCAGGUACAUGCUGGCGCGUUUGCUACAGGAGACCAGUUUGACGACCAUCGAGGCCAGGGGUGCCAAUGGGACUUCUGCCUUGCACAUGGCGACGAGCAAAGGCAUGUUCAACGCCACCAAGCAGAUCCUGUACGCUGUGUACAACAAAAGCAGGGCAGACUUGGCGGCCUUCGGCCUGGUUACUUCCAUGCUGAACACGCCAAAUGGUCGCGGUGCUGGCUGCGUUGAUCUGGCACUGCGGUGCAACGUGGAUUUGGCCAUGUACCUGCAGAACCAGUGGAACGCACGUCCUCUUCUCCCGCCACGUGUUGGAUAUGCGGGGAACGGUCUCACAGCUUUCUCAGACCAUAGACGCCUUUGCCCCGUAGGACCGCCUUGCCACAUCUGCUCCGGGUGCUGCGCUAGCAGACUGGAGUCCGUGGAUCGAGCGGCGGCCCUUUUUCAAGAAGUUUUUCUACAUGCGCUGACAAUCCCGGCGUUGAAUAAGUGGACGACCGUAGCGCCGUCUAUGACCUUGGUCGCAGCGAUGCAGCAGUGCUACGACGUCGUCCCGCAGGCCUUUGGUCGGUGUUUUGCACGCGGCCAAGCAGAAGAGUCCAGCGACGACUCUGGGGGUGAAGACGCUGCAUUAGGGGUUCCCAGAGACCAGACAAAACAAUGGAGGAAGCUAGCUAGAAAGAGGCAACAGAAGGCCGCCUUCUUUUUGCAGGAUCAAGAGUCCCGUUUCUUGACAAUGCUCUGGGGCAUUGUGACGUUCUGCGUCAUGACCGUUCACUACUCCUUGUUCAAGCGGGGAACUUGGCUCACAGAGCGCGUUGAAGAUGAGACAGUUGACGCCUGGAUUCCUUUGAUUGGUUUGUAUGGGCCUCUGCUCUCGUGGCCGCAGAGGAGGUUGCGAAGCACCAGGCGCUGCUUGCUUACGGAGCUCAAGACAGUGGUGGAGGAUCCUCGUGGCCUGGUGGCUGCCAAAACUUUGAAGUUUUUAGCCUCUGUCUUUGACCGGUUGGUGCCAACGUCCACCUGCAUUGAGCGGGCUUUUGCUAGACUAAGCAGAUGGUGUGACCGUAAGGGGCCGAAACCUCAACUGCCCACGCUUGCCGCAAAAAAUGCUGUGUAUCAUUUUCGACACCUGACAGAUCACUGGCGGGCCAAAGCUCGAAAGCUUGGUGUUAUCCGCAAAGGCAAGAGUCACCGAUGUAGGCCUGACUGGGCCCAUGGUGUACGCAAAGGAUGGUGUCGCAAUGGGUUGCACAUGUUUGCCAGAGAAAAUGGUUUGAAUCCUUCCGAUGAUUUGGCUCGUCAGUGGCGCUUGCAGCCUCGUGCAGAGAGGAGGCGCUUUGCCGCGCUGGCUAGAGCUUCUAACUUGCAGGCAAGAACUUUGCAGAGGUGCGACGCAAGGGCUGCCCAAGAGUCUGCUGCCCUUACUGGCGGCUUUUGGAAUAUGAGUGCAAGCACUGGCUUCCCAAUGGCCAAAUCGAUCGUUGCAGGACAUCUGCAUUCUCUGAAAGAUUAUGCCAGAAAUUUCCGCGUUUCCACUGAUUCGCUGCUUCCUGAGAGCCCAAAUAGUUUUGCUGGCGCACCAGCAGUGCCCUUUUCAUUGUGGGCCUCGUGCCAGGUUGGAGCUUGCCCUCAUGAACUGACGGCCCCCCAGCAAGAAUGCUUCUGGUCUUUGCAUGAAAUGUUGGUGCUAGUGAUUGGCAGCCAAAGCCCGGAUCCCACGGUUGCAUCAAAGGAGCCGCUUGUUCUGGAAUUUUGUUCUCAGAGAGCUGCGGCGUCCCGCCAAGUUGUUGUUGCUUACAACACGCGGAAGAAACCCAUUGAUGCAGCGCUCAUCGCUCUGCGUCCGCUCCCUCCAUCUGAAGUUCCGCAUCAGUUUCUUCAAAGUUUGGCAUGCGAGACAGGCGUAGAUGGACAAUUUCCUUUGGUCGGGGACGUGCCAAUGUGUGUCGAGCUGGCAAGCCAAGCGACUGAUUGGGAGUUGUUUGUUCUCUCUGUUGGUCCUAUCACAGACCUUCAUCUCUUCCAUAUUGUAGCUGCUAAGCGUGUAGAUUUCGUAGCCCUGAUGCUUGAAGUUGGAAGCGCCAGAGAGACCAAAAAGGCUUUAGAUGCUUUGAAAAAAAUGGAGAAGAAAAAAAUGGCUGCAAGCCAAUCCAGCAGCCAUAGGGCAGGUGGAGAGCGGCAGGGACCGAGCAAAGGACGUGGCAAGGGCAAAGCUGCCAAAGGCGCAAUGGAGAGAGCAAACAGACCAGACACGCAUGGAGAUCGUGACGACGCGCUUGAUGACGGAGGCUCUUCGCAGUCGGACGAGGACUCUGUUGCUGAUGUAGACGAUGCUGAGGUUGACUUGUCGCUUGCCCCUCCUCCUUCCUGCCCGCCUCUGGCGUCGGUUGCUCCACGACGCCGCAACGUGAGACGCGGGCAUGUUUGGGGCUCCAGCCCAGCAUUUCAAAUCGCUCCCAUCCAUGCAGCAGGCAGUGCGGAGCCCACAGGAUUUGGUGCGAUUUGCGGCAUGCACCAUGACCCCGCCAACCCAACGCUGCAGUGCAAAAAAGCCAUGUCUUGCGGAGGCCUGACCCCUGAGGAGUGCAAGCUUCGUUUGAAGCGCUGGCUUGUCGCCGGGUUGGAUUCCGGCAGGUGGGGCGCCAACAAGCGAGAGAGCCAUGUUAGCAUGGGCGGCGUUCAGCUGUCCCAUUUCGCUGAAGGCCUGAGUUUGGAAGACUUAGACAGAGCGGUGAGCCAUCAGGAAUAA